AACAUCCACAAGCUAACCCACCUCCUUUCUUAUCAUUCCCUCCAAAAAUAAAAUAUUAAAGAAAAACCGCUCUCUCUCUCUCUCUCUCUCUCUUGACGAAGGUUCAACAAUGGCGGAAUCAAAUCAAAUCCCUCGGAAGAGAAUGCGAUUCUCGUCUUCUCCAGCUACAGAGAUCCUCCCUCAAAGAAAAUCACAAAACCAACGAAUCGCAACCACCGUAUCUCAAAGCAGAAACCGAUCUAGCGUCCAUCAUUCACCAUCACUCUAUCAAAAAAUCGAUUCUAAAAUCACACCUACGUAUCCACGAGCCACCAUCAAAGAUAUUCGUCUCCGACGCGUCUUCUCUCCAACUCCGAUCUCCACCGACUGCGAAUGUAACUGCAAAGAUAAAAAUCAAACCAAGAGACAAAAUCAUGAAUGUCUAUGCGACUGUGACAAUUCAAACAGUGAUGAUUUUGCACAAACGACGCCACCAGAUUCCGAAUUGUUAGCUAUCAGUGAAGAGAUCAAUGGAUCAGUAGUGAACAAAAGUGAUACUAAUCUCUGGAGAAAAUCGGUUCUUCUUCCAUGUUCUCGACCUAAGAUAUUCAAGAAUACUGGUCCUUUCAGCUAUAAGAGACUGCUUCCAUACUUGAUGCAAGCUUCAGAUGAUGGAACAUCAUCAUCAAGCCGGUGCUCAAAGUCUUUGAGUCAGAACAUCACUAAACCGGUUUCGCAGUCUAUGGACAGUGUCUAUGAUAAAGAUUCAACCGGAAGCUUCUGUAGAGACACCAGCCCUUUGAAGAGUGUUAUUGCAUCCACCCCUAACAAAAAUGCUGCAUUCUCUAGGGGUAAGCUAUUUAAGACACCAGGUUCUGUUAAUUACAGAAGAAUGCUUCCAUAUCUCAAAGAUAUUCAAGAGGAUAAUCCUUAUCCUCAAAAGAACACAGAGGAGGUUAUUUCAUCACCGAUGUUAAACUCUGAGUCUGAUAAUGAAGGGACACAGGAAGUGGUGACAUCAAAUGUUACUAGAGAAUCAGGUACAAGCUCUGAUGAAAACGAAGAGCCCCUUCCUUGUGAACGUGUACCUGUAAAUCUAGAACAGUCUGAUCCUGACAAGGAACAAGAAACACAGAUUAAGCAUGUCAUCCCAGAUACUGAAAAUAAUUUGGGCUCUGAGAUCCCAUUAUCAUCUCCUCUUGUUGGUUCAAGAAGUUCAAGUGAAGUUAAUUCAUCUGCAUUGCACAACACAUUUGUAGACAAUUUGGUGGGCGAAGAAAACAUGAAUGGUGCAGAGAUAACAGAAGCAAAGAUCAGUGCAGAGGAACUAGAGGCACAUAGUUCAGAUGCAACAGCUGAACUGGUUGACCCUUCUGUUAUAUUGGCAACUCCUUCCUCCUUUUCUCCCUCGAAAGGAAUUCUGAAAAGAAGUAUGAGAGGAUGUAGAGGGAUAUGCUCUUGUUUGAACUGCUCCUCCUUCCGUCUACACGCCGAAAGAGCAUUUGAAUUCUCAAGAAAUCAGUUACAAGAUACUGAAGUAAUGGUUUUGGAUCUAGUUGGAGAAAUAUCUCAUCUCAGGGAUUUGUUGGAGAAAUAUAAUUCAGCAGAUCACAGUGAACCCUACAAAAGUCAGGCUGGUGAAGCUUCGAAGAGAGCUUGUGAGGCUGCAGAGCUUGCAAAAAGCCGCCUCCACCAGAUGAACGAUGACCUUCAAAUUCACUACAGAAUCCCCAACGAACAACGAGCAAGAGUGAAAUUUGCUCAUUAUAUACACGAGAAGACGAUUGUAAAAGCAUCCGAACCUAACAAAUUGAUCAGUAGAUCACCCUGAAGCAACUAGGAUGGGUACUUUUUAAUGUCAUUAUCUGUCUCCAGAUUAUCCAGUUUCAUGCUCUUUUUUUUUUUUAAUUUUGAAAAGUGAAAGAGGUAUUACUAGCUGUCUUUUUCUUUUUGUCACCAUCCUAAACAUAGUAGAAGCAUAGAUCAAAGUGCCAUUAUACAUAUAGACCAUGUGAUCAUAUUUAUUACACUUUUUUUUUUCUUUUCAAAAACACACAUCUUGUUCUAUGUACAUACUCAAAGACUAUAAAAGCAAAACCUCCUGUGAUCUCUUAGCAAGUUGCAGAUAAAAACAAC